AUGUUAAAUUAUUAUGCUAUCGCUUUCUUCUUGGUACUUUCAACGUCUAAUGCAGAAUUAAAUGCAAGUGUUGGUGAUGCUGAUCCACUUUAUAGGAAUUGUGUAAGUCAAUGUGAGGAAACUGGAUGCGUAGAGGAAAAAUGCUUUCCAAAUUGUAAAUUUUCUUUAGAUGAAAUCCCUAAUUGUCAUUCAUGGGACAUGUUAGAACCAUAUUAUAAACCGUGGAAGAAACAAGAAUGCAAAAGUGAUUGUCAAUAUCAUUGCAUGCUUGAUAUAGAGGAAGAGAGACAGUUACUUGGUGAAAGCCCAGUAAAAUAUCAUGGUAAAUGGCCCUUCAAGCGUAUCUAUGGUAUUCAGGAGCCUGCUUCUAUGGCUUUCUCUGCCCUCAAUCUUGCAAUGCAUUUUCAUGGUUGGAGAUCCUUUUUCAAUCUUCUACACAAGAAACUUCCUCUCAGUGCAGGCAAGAAGAAUUCCUAUGAAUAUGCUGGUUUAUGGCAUGCUUAUGGGCUCUUAUCAGUAAACUCUUGGUUUUGGAGUGUUAUUCUUCAUACUCGAGAUUUUGAGUUAACAGAAAAGCUAGACUACUCUUCUGCAGUGGGUCUCCUUGGAUAUUCCCUCAUUUUAGCCAUAGUACGGAGCUUCAAUAUAAAGGAUGAAGCUACUAGAGUUAUGAUAUUUGCUCCCUUGUUAUCUUUUCUGAUCACCCAUAUAUUUUACCUCAACUUCUAUAAAUUUGACCACGAAUGGAAUAUGAAAGUUUGUGUAGUAAUAGUAGUAGCACAACUUACAAUAUGGGUAGUUUGGGCUGGUGUUAAUCAACAUCCUUCACGAUGGAAGCUUUGGUUUGUUGUUCUAAUUGGUGGGCUUGCAAUGUUCCUAAAAAUGUAUGAUUUUCCUCCAUAUGAAGGACUUCUAGAUGCACAUUCCCUUUGGGUUGCCAUUACUAUUCCUCUAACUUGCCUAUGGUGGAGUUUUGUCAGGGAUGAUGCUGUGCUUCUAACCUCUAAACAUUCAAAGAAAUCUAAGAAAUCCAAGUAG